ACUUCUAUUGAUCGGUGUGGAUUUGAUUUUGUACAAGGUGGCAAGAGAUAUGAAGACUCUUCCGACAGUCGCAGAUUUUUUAUAAACGUGGUUCUGUUCAUUGUUUUUCCGUUUUCUUUCUGGUGGAAAUGCUUUGCUCCCUCAGACUGUGAUCUACUUGCAGCAAGCACAGAGUGGCAAUGUGCAAUUUAUGUACCCAGUCCUAUCUUAUCGGAAGACAAAAGUCAUUCAAGUACGAAAGAGCGACUCAAUACCAAAAAAUUAGAUAAACACGAAAACAUCUUACUAUCUCAGGAUGCUGUAUAUGACGACUCCUUCCCUAAGAAAGUAAGAAAGUUACCAUUGGCAUUCGGGUCUGCCGCUUAAAUUGAAAUACAUGCUACAUGCAAUGAAGCAUUAAUAAUCAUUGAAGAUAUGUGUCUCAAAAUUGCGCAUAAAGCAUUAUCACAGUUAUCUAUGAUUUCACCUGAUCGUCCGAUGCAUGAUUUGAUGGAUCAAGAAUUGCAACGUGAACAACAAUUCAAUUGUGACGAAUUGAUUGAAUUUGUGCAAUCAAAUAUUGACAAAUUAAAUGAUCAACAAAACUAUGUAUACCAAACAAUUUUGCAAGCAAGAAGAAUUGGUCGAAUGCGUUUUCACAAAUAUCAUUCAGAAUCACAGAAGCCAUGAUUGGUUAGCAGAAUGUUCAAUAUUGGCACCGAAGAAUAUACAGGUCAAUGCAAUGAACUUCAAAAUUCAAAAAAAACUGCCAGGUGAAGUCAUAACUUAUAAAUCCAUUGACAGCGUUAUGGAUGAAAAGGAAGCUGUGAAUUAUCCAAUUGAAUUUCUGAAUUCAUUGGACCCACCUGGUACACCGCCACAUCUUUUGAAUUUAAAGGUCGAUUCACCAAUCAUAUUACUACGGAAUAUCAAUCCUCCAAAAAUGUGUAAUGGUACACGACUGGUAAUAAAGAAGCUAAUGCCAAAUUUGAUUGAAGCAACUAUACUCAAUGGCAAAGCGAAAGGCGAAAAUGUGCUUAUACCACGUAUUCUAAUGAUUCCAACAGACAUGCCAUUCGAUUUCAAACGUCUGCAAUUUCCGGUGCGUUUAUCAUUUGCCAAGACUAUUAACAAAGCACAAGGACAAACAUUUCAAAUAUGCGGAGUAAAUUUGGAAGAAUCGUGGUUUUCACAUGGGCAAUUAUAUGUUGCAUGUUCGAGAGUCGGUACUGCACAUCGUUUAUUCAUUCAUGCACCGGACAGUAAAACUAAAAACGUUGUUUAUCAAAAUGUUUUAGAUUAGAACUCGAAUUUUUGAGAUUUACAAUUUAUUAUAUACGCUUAUGUAAAAA